CUUGAAGCAACUACAAACUACGGCAUAUCAAUCGGCUAACUGUCUUCAUUAUAGCAAGACUUUCGAAUGAGAACAAAAUGACAGUCAAAGUAGCCAUGUCUUCCCCCAAGUCGGAUAAGUCUGCGACCAACUCUCAGGCUCGUCCAGAGUCGGAGAAUGGUAAGGGCAGCUUCCAGUGGCCCGAUGCGGACAACGCGGAAACCAAUUUCCAUUGGCCUGAGGCGGAGACUGUUAUGAGCAACCAUGAAUCUAGCCCAAUCUCGGAGAAAUUUGUCAUUAGAAACGAUCCUGCUGACGCAGAGCCAGAGAAAAUCGUCACCAACAACGGCCUUGCCCCCAAGUCGGAAGCUUCUGCCACCAACCGCCAGGCCACGCCUGAGUCGGAGAAGGAGGUCAUCCCUGACGGUGAUGACACUGCCAAUCAUGCUGCUACCCCCGGCGAAGAAUCGGGCAGCGCUGCCACUGGCACUUCUAUGAUAACCCGCGAAGAUAUUUCCAGUGAUACCAUUUGGUCCCAGGCUGAGCUUGAGCCUAUUACAGAGGCAUCUAGCGUAGCUAGCGACGAGAAUGAGCCGGAUACCCAGGCGGACCCUGUUGUUGUCAAGUUUGUGUCGUAUCACAUUGACAGCGACCUGGAGGUGAAGGUCCGUGGUCCAGAGGGCGUCAUCGUUUACAAGGUCCAUUCGGCUUUGAUCGCAGCUGCCUCGUCUGUCUGGCGCAAGAUGAUUUACGGUGGUGAUCACACCCGACCGCAGACAAGCAAAUGGAUCAUUGAGAUGCUUGACUCGAACGACGACGCCUAUGGGCUCGAUGUUUUGUUCGCUGUCAUUCAUUACAAGUUCCACGACAUUCCCCAUCGUCCGGAUGUUCAUCAGCUCUAUAGUAUUGCUCUGAUCGUUGAAAAGUACGAAUGUGUUCAUAUGCUUAUCCCCUACAUGAGCAAAUGGGUCAAAGGCCUCGACCAGCAUGUCAUGAGUAGAGGAGAAUUUCGAGGCGAUUACGAUGAGACCCUAUUUCUUUGUUGGGUCAUCGGCGAAGGUCGUUGGUUCUCCCGCCUAGUCUCAACGGCGGCGAACAAUUCGACCAUUGACGCCGAGGGAAACAUGAUCAACGGCAAAGGACAGCCCUGGGCGGCUCAGCGCCUACCUUCGGCAAUCAUUGAUCUUGUUCGUGAGCAUCGUCAAAAGAUGCUGACUACCCUUGUCGAUGCGAUCCGUAUCCCAUACGAGCAGCUCAUGGAUGGCAACCUUCAGACCUUGCCGUACUGCCAAAGCGCCAAGGGGGGAGAAGCUGUGAAGAAUCAGUGCAUCAUGCAACAAUUCGGAUCGCUUGCCCGAGAACUCAAGCGUACAGGCAUGAUUCCUUUUGUGGAUCCGGCGGAGUACACUGGAAGUGUGACCGAAUUGGCAACGAAGGUGCAGGACAUUACGGUCAUGCACUUCAAGUUGCCAGGAGCGCUUCCGCACACCGAUACACACGCCCUUUGCGGUAUCAAUCACCACAACGCUGCCCGUGAUGCCAUUCAUGCACCCACCGAGUUGAGUGGCCACGUCGUUCGCCAGCUCAAGGUGCGAUCUCACAAGUCGGGUGCUUUCACUGAGGAGUUGUUUCAGGGCCUCAAUGACUUGGAGAAAAAUGACCCUGCUCUUAGAGAGAUGGAGGAUUUGCGUCUCGACCGCAUUCACUACCAGCAGCACGGUUUCGAGUCAACCGGUUGAGCCGAGUGUACCAAUGGCGGAGAUGUGAUUGUCAAGUUUGAGGACGACGUCAAGAGUGAGGCAGACGUCAAGCUUGAGGAGGAGGACGUCUAACUUGAGGAAGUCGUCAUCAAGCUUGAGAUAUCCGAUUAAUUUCUUGUAGAAGACUUGUGCGGUCAUUAGGGCUAGCACUAGACAUAUAAUUAGACCCAAGUGUUGCGUUCAUGAGAUUUCUGAGCUGUGGCAACUGAUUCUGGAGCAGAUCUGUAUUGACGUGGAAUUGACUUGUCGAGUUAGGGGUUUAUCAUGUGGGAGACACAACACUCUGCAUGUGAGAGAUUCAUGGUGGG